UCAAGUAGCACACCCGCAGCAGGUCUCUGUGCAGCGUGCAAAAUGCACCGGAACUCGGUGCUGUUGGUAGUGGCGGUGGUGCUCGUGACGGCGGGUGACAAUUUAUCGGUUUCCGGUGCUAAAACGAAUCCGCUCGGUGACGAUGAGGAGGUGGCGAACGUUACGAUGGGAAUCGUGGAGAACGUGGCCACGGCACGGGCUGCCAUCGAGCGGUUCCGGUCGGCUGUACCAUCGGUGGACUACCUUCAGCUGGCCACCGUCGGUCUGACGGAGUACGUCGGCAAUCUGACCGGUCGGUUUGAGGCGACGUUUAAGGAGUUUACGACGCGCGAACUGGAAUCGGUACAGCACGCCCUGAUCGAGACCAUCCGGUACCUGAACGGGUACGACUCGGUCAACAGCAUCGCGAUGCUCCAGAAUCUCGACUACAGCAUGUACAACCACAACCUGCUCCGUUCGAUUAACAGCGAUCUGCGGAUCGCUUCGAUCAGCCUUUCGGAGGCAUUGUUCGAUCAGCGCGACGUAAGUCCGGCCGUAGACGAUGUGUUCGCGGCGACCGACAAACUACAGGAGAAUGUCCUGCGGCUGGUGGACGUGAUUGAGAAGGGCGAAGCGUGGACGGUGGAAACGAUGGCCAGGGCUGAGGCGGCCCAGCGAGGAUUCAACGAGUCGAUCGAUGCGUACGUGAACGGGUCACUGACGCAGAUAGAAGAACUCGUCGCAGGGCUGGACGAACUGCGUAGCUACGAGGAGGAUGCGUACCGGCGGUUGAAGGAAAAGAUUGCGACCCUGCCCAAGUCCACCACCGGCUACUUCGUGGCGCUGAAGAAGGCGAUCGAAAACACGAUCCAAAAGGUACGCAUCAACUUCGAGAACCUGAAGCUGUACAAGCACCGCGAUAUCGAGCAGUGGAAAACGCGUGGCUCGAUCGUGGCCCCGAUCGGGUACAUGACGCAGGUGGCGGUUCAGGUCGCUUCCGAUCCGAUGCUGGCGAACGACUGUACCGAGUCGUACAUCGAGAAGAUACUCGCGUUUCCCAACUUCACGCUGGCCCACGUGAACAACUGUCUGGCGGAGCAGAGCGCGUACGAGGAGAAAACGUUCGCGAUCGUCUCGCAGGUGCUCGACACGUACGUCAUCGGGGCGAUCAACGCGUCGUACGCGGCGUACGACAUUUGCUUCCGCUACGUUCCGCGGAAGCAGAGCUUUUGCCUCGAGCUGAACGGAUACGAGAAUAGUUGGGCCAACGGUAGGAUUUAUAACGCGGCCAAGCAGGUCGAAUCGUUCGUCGACGGCGAGAUACAGAACAGCUUCAACAACUGUGUGGCGCAGAAUGGGUACUUCCUGAACUACCACAACAUCCAGGAGAUGUGUAUCUACAGCAAGAAGCGAACGCGCUUCCGAAACCGUUGGUCAAAGAAAUAAAAUCUAAAUCGGACGAAGAACAGGGAAUUUCUUGGGACGCUUUUGGGGGUCCAGCACUCACUCCGGCGCCGGCGUCUCAGCGUGAAGGCCGCAGUUCUCGCGCAACCCCGCAUUGCGAACGAGCUCCAGCACCCGAUCGUUGCAGGUCGGUAGGUCCUCCUGGACCUGCU